GCUCCCUCUCAGGAGGCCCCGCGGGCCCGGCCCCGCUUUGUCCGCCCGGCGGUCCCUCGGUCCGCGGGUCUGUCGGUGUCCGCCCGGGCCGCCCAACCCCGGCCCGCCCGCCGACGGGUUGUGGGGGGACGCGGGCUUGCCCUACUUUCCGUGGCGGCCGCCGCAGGGAAGCCUCGCCCUGGCCUAGAUCACCGUCCCCCCCACCCUCCCCUCUCCGCCCCCCUCCUCUCCCGCUCAGCAGGGCCGUGGGUUCGGGCAGCGCCCACCUGGCUGGGGAGGAGGUGCCCGCUUGGCCCCGAGAGAGAUUUUGUAUUUUGUACAUACAUUGUUUUGUAUAUACUGUAUAUGAUGACUUCGGUGGGCAGUGAACAUACCCGGGGCACUCGGGACAAAAUGCAAAUUUCAGCCACACAGCCAAUACAACCACAGAAACAAGUAGUGCAGGCAACAGCAGAACAGAUUCGCCUUGCUCAGAUGAUCUACGAUAAGAAUGAUGCAGAUUUUGAAGAUAAAGUGAAACAACUUAUGGAAGUGACUGGGAAAAACCAGGAUGAAUGCAUAGUGGCACUACAUGAUUGUAAUGGGGAUGUGAACAGAGCAAUCAACAUACUGCUGGAAGGAAGCUCAGACACGACUUCUUGGGAGACUGUAGGGGGUAAGAAGAAAACCCUUGGAAAGGAAGGUUCAGAAAACAAAGAGAACAGAGAGAAACGAGGGGACAGAGAAGUGAGUCGUGGACGGGGAAGUUCCAACAGACGCGGAAGAGGAGGCAGCCGUGGACGAGAGUUUAGAGCUGAAGAGAAUGGAGUGGACAACAGUCAAGGAGACAGGCCUUCAGACCGUGGGAAACGUGGCCGUGGGAGAGGGUUUGGACGUGGCAGAGGGAGAGGAGCGGGGAGGUUUUCAGCCCAAGGCAUGGGGACAUUUAAUCCUGCAGACUAUAUGGAGUCUUCUGCCACUGAUGGCUUUGGGACAAAGUCAGAGAUCUGGGAGACUGGUCAGAAUGAUGCAGAUGAUGGAACUGCAGAAGAGACUGCUGGGAAGGAACAUGGAAGUAGCUCUGCUGGAGGGACAGUGACAGACAAGGUUGGAAGAGCAUGGAAGAACUCAAUAGAAGAAUGGACAGCUGAAGACUGGAAUGAAGAUCUUUCUGAAACAAAAGUCUUCACUGCAUCUUCUGUUCCAGCUGAAAAUCAUGUGACUCCUGGGCAAAGCAUUGAUUUGGUGACACUGCUUCAAAAGCCGGUGACAUCUACCCAAGAGACAGAAGGCAACUCAUUUGAGUCUCCUCAGCAGCAGACCUUUGGCCAAGCCUUAGUAUUCACAAAUUCUCAGCACAGCACCCAGAUGGCAUCAGGAACAGGCAGCUCCAGUGCUGUAAACUCUUAUUCUCCUCAAAGUCUGUCGGCAGUUCUUUGUUCUGGCUUUGGAGAACUCAGAUCUUCUAAAUUGGCAAACUCUACUGGUUCCCAAAUCUUGGACCAAUUGAAAUCACCAGGACUGGGUCAGUUUACCUCUCAACAAACAAAUAGCAGUUCUGCCAGCACUAGCACAGUUGCUGCAUCAUCUUGGGAUCUAAAACCACCUAGUACUCAGUCCUCAGUCCUCAGUCAGUUUGACUUUAAAUCCCAGCCUGAGCCAUCUCCAGUUCUGAGCCAGCUGACACAGCAACAGCAACAAAUGCAGGUGGUUCCUGUUCCUCCUCCUGGGUUGGAGUCGUCCUCCUCCCAGGUAAAACUCCAACAGCCAUCAUCUGUAGACACCUCUACAGCUGUUAGCAAAAUAUUACAGCUCCCUACUAUCUCUAUGGAUAACCAGGCAGUGACUGUUCAUCAAACCCAUCAGAAACAGAUAAAACCACCAAAAAGGAGGAUAACUCCAGCAUCCAAGAUUCCUUCUUCUGCUGUGGAGAUGCCUGGAUCAGCAGACAUAACAGGGUUAAAUGUUCAGUUUGGAGCUCUUGAGUUUGGAUCAGAGCCUACACUCCCAGAGUUUGGAUCAACUUCAAGCAGUGAGAAUACCAACCAGGCGACCAACAAUAGCUUAUAUUCAAAAUCUGUAAAGUAUGUUGAUCCUUUGAAUACCUCUUUGCCAAUAUCCAAUACAGCACAGGACUCCACCUACACAACCUCUGCCAUCAGCUCUUCCAGUCUGACUUGCUCAUCCCAGAACACUAGCCCAGUAACAGCUUCCUCCUAUGACCAGACUUCUGUGCAUAGCAGGAUAGCGUACCAAAGCUCCAUGGCUCCAUCUGAACCAACCCCUGUUGCAGUUACGAAUGGGCACAGUGGUGUUAGGACACAGGCAACACUUGACACUAUUUCAUCAGUUGCAGCACCUAAGACAGAGUCUUCUCCCUCCCUACCUUCAGCUGGUUCUCUGCCCAGUGUGGUGUCUACCACGGCCUCACUUCUGCCUUCAGCAUCACAGCACAUGGCAGCAUUGCCCACCUUGCCUCAGUCCAGUGAUCUGGCCAGCAGUUCACUCUCCCAGCUGAGCAGCUCCCUUCCCAAUCAUCAGACCAGCCUCUCUCCUGCCUCAGUGUUGUCUUCAGGCACAUCACAUGUGCACACUAGUAUUGAAAACACAACUUCUCUCCAGCCUUCAACAACCUUUUCAACUGCUUCAACCUCAGCCACUAGCACCACCUCCUCCGUUGUCAGCAUGACAAGCAGUAUGAACACUACAAACAGCCUUGGCCUGAGUGUUACCAGUGUGUCUAUACCAGCUGCUACCACACGGGCAGCUCCCUUAAUGUCUUCAGGCAAAGCACCCCCAAACCUGCCCCAAGGUGUACCACCCUUGUUGCAUAACCAGUAUAUUGUGGGACCUGGAGGACUUCUGCCUGCCUACCCGCAGAUUUAUGGUUAUGAUGAUCUCCAGAUGCUUCAAUCCAGACUGCCAAUGGAUUACUAUGGAAUUACAUUCCCGGCUCCUGCAACCUUGACAGGCAGAGAUGGGAGCCUUGCUAACAACCCAUACUCAGGUGAUGUAACAAAAUAUGGCCGUGGAGAUACUGCCUCUCCUGCUCCUGCAACCACUCUGGCCCAGCCACAGCAGAACCAUACACAGACUCACCACACGACUCAGCAGCCCUUCCUCAACCCGACCCUGCCCCCAGGGUACAGCUACACUGGGCUCCCUUACUAUGCUGGGAUGCCUGGUGUUCCCAGUGCAUUCCAAUAUGGGCCAACCAUGUUUGUACCUCCAGCAUCUGCUAAACAGCACGGAGUCAACCUGAACACGGCAUCGACUCCCUUUCAGCAGACGAGUGGCUACAGCCAGCAUGGCUAUGGUGCAGGCUACGAUGACUUAUCGCAGGGAACGGCACCUGGAGAUUACAGCAAAGGAGGCUACAGUGGGUCAUCUCAAGCACAAAACAAAUCUGCUGGCACUGGACCUGGGAAAGGUGUUUCUGUGACCUCCAGUAACACGGGUGUGCCUGAUAUCAGUGGCUCAGUCUAUAACAAGACUCAGGUAUUCAGUGUGACUUGGCUUCCUUGUGGGACGUUUGACAAGCAGGGAUUCCAUGCUGGCACUCCGCCUCCCUUCAGCCUGCCUUCUGCUCUCGGGUCCACUGGGCCCCUGAACCCUGGUGCUGCCCCGGGUUAUGCUCCAGCCCCGUUUCUCCAUAUCCUCCCUGCGCAUCAGCAGCCUCAUUCCCAGAUGCUGCAUCACCACCUUCAGCAGGAUGGGCAGGGUGGAUCUGGCCAACGCAACCAACCCAGCACCAUGCAGCAAAAGUCUCAGGCUACCAAAACCACCUAUGGCACUUCUCCAUACUGGACAAACUAAACCCGAAACCGGGGAGGGGGGGAGAGAAUGAAAAGAGAGGAGGAAGGAAAAGAAGAAAAAGAAAAGAAAAAAGAAAAGAGAAAAGAAAAGAAAAGAAAAGAAAAGAAAAGAAAAGAAAAGAAAAGAAAAGAAAAGAAAAGAAAAGAAAAGAAAAGAAAAGAAAAGAAAAAAGAAAAGAAAAGAAAAGAAAAGAAAAGAAAAGAAAAGAAAAGAGAAAAGAGAGAAAAAGCUGAAGCCUAUUCUUGGAAUUAUUAGGAAAAAUAACUGCUCAGCCAAAUGUCUGUGCGGGGAGAACUGCAGCCAGCCAGCCAUCCUCUGUGUGACUCGCCUGCUUCCUCUUUGAGUUGCUGUUAUAUGUAAUAUAUUUAUGUAUGUAUUUGUAAAUGUAAUAGAGCCUAAAUGUGGUUUUCUGCAUCUUGCAGCCUGUUUUAUUUUCUUUGCAGGAAAACUAAUUAUUCAUUUUCCAUCGGCAUUGUUCUUUGUUUUGUAUUUUAAGUUCUAUGGGUUUUGUAACUGUCAGACAAAGACAAACUGAGCCCUUUUUUUGGAGCUGGAGCCCAUUUAUUUAAUGCAGUUCUAAAUUCAGACAAAUAAGGAGACCUGCCUUUCCAAAAAUGUAAAUCAAGAUGUGUCCUGUUGGUUUGAUUUUACCCCACAAUCCCCAGUAUAGCUGUUAUUUUAGAGGGGGAAAAUAAAAGAAAGAAAAAAAAGUUCUGUGGGCCUUCCCCUUUCUUUCAUUUCCUCCCUCCCGCCCUCUUGCUGUGGAAGACAAGCUCUUGUGGGCAGUUUCAUCACUGCAGCCUUGAGCUGCAGUCUCAACUUUUAAUUCUUCAAUUUUUUAAUAAGAAUAAUAAAAAGGACAGGGUUUAUAUUUUUGUUUGUGCAGAGGCUUUUUGUUGGUGGUGAUUUUCUCUAGAAAGAGACUUUGGAUGGCUCAGUGUGUCCUGGAACCUCCUUUGCAUCAUUAGAGGGAAAAACUAUGUAGCGGUUUCUUAAAUAAAAGUAUAAGCUGUGUCUUGUACCUCUUUUUGCCCUGAGCCACCUUCCCAGGAAAGCCAGAGCUACCGGAUGGAAACUUCAUCUGUCCCUCCCCACUUUUUUUAAAACAAAGACCUUGGAGGCAACUCCUGGUCCUUCUUGUCAUGCACCAGUGCAAUGAAUGUUCUAGGAGUUUCAUUUCUUUAUAGCCCUUCCUCCACCUAAUAAAUAUCUGGUCAUAUCA